AUGGCGCGCGACUUGGACGAUCUCGUGGGCACGAUAUCCGACGCCGACGACAUCUCCGACGAAGAGACCGAGGUCGUCGAGGUUGUUCCUCAGACCAAGACCAAGAAGAGGAAGAGAGGCGAUGCAGGACAGCAGAAGGCUGUGAAGAAGCAGAAAGAGGAUGUAGACAGGGACUCGGAUUUCGACUCGGAUUUUGGGUUUGAGAAUGAAGAUGGGGCUGGAUUUGAGGAUCUCGAUGCGUGGACGACGCAGGAUGCGGGGCAGGCGCAGGCGGGGGAUAUUGAUGCUAUUGUUGCGAGGCGAAAGGGGGGGAAGACGGAUGAUCUGGAGAGUGAAGACAGUGAUGAUGAGGAGGAGGAAGAUGAAGAUGAGGUGGAGUUUGGGGCAGAUGAAGAGGACGAUGACGAUGACGAUGAGGAAGAGGAAGGGAAUGUGUAUGCCGACAUUGAAGACGAGGAGGAAGGCGACGAGUUCCACACUGCUAUUGAAGGUGUCAAUGGCGAAGCUGGGGGUGAAAGCGACGAAGAGAUUGAAACACAUGUCCCGCAUCCGGACGACCUGGCGGAGGACUCGGAAGGCGAGGAAGAUGCAGCAGAGGAAGAGAAGCGCAAUGCGUUUUUUGCCAAGGAGGACACUGCGUCUCAGACACCGGCUUCCUCUACGACUGCCUUUCAUUCGAUGAACUUGUCAAGGCCGAUCCUCAAAGGACUAGCAUCUGUCGGAUUCAACAAGCCCACACCCAUCCAACAAAAGACUAUACCUGUGGCUUUGGAGGGCAAGGAUCUUGUAGGAGGCGCCGUCACUGGAUCUGGUAAGACAGCUGCGUUCCUGAUCCCCAUUCUGGAGCGUCUUCUGUUUCGACCGAAGCGCACACCGACCACUCGCGUUGCGAUUCUGAUGCCAACGAGAGAACUUGCUUUGCAAUGUUUCACCGUGGCGAAGAAGCUGGCUGCCUUUACCGACAUCACUUUUGGCCAGGCCAUUGGUGGUCUCAACUCUCGAGAACAGGAGAAGCAAUUGAAGCUCCGGCCGGACAUCGUGAUUGCAACUCCUGGUCGUUUCAUUGAUUUAGAGCGAAACUCGGCAUCUUUCACUGUCAACACUGUCGAAAUUCUGGUACUGGACGAGGCAGACCGAAUGUUGGAGGAAGGAUUCGCGGACGAGCUGAACGAGAUUUUGGACAAGAUUCCCAAGUCACGACAGACGAUGCUGUUCUCUGCGACCAUGACCUCGAAGGUUGACGAUCUCAUCCGAGUUGGCUUACAGCGACCCGUCAGGCUGAUGGUCGAUGCGCAAAAGGCGACCGUGGCGGGACUUGUCCAGGAGUUUGUGCGUCUCAGACCUGGUCGUGAGCAAAAGCGCUUGGCGUAUCUCAUGCACCUCUGCGAGAAUCUGUACACCGAUCGCGUCAUCAUUUUUUUUCGACAGAAGAAAGAGGCACAUCGCGUUCGCGUCAUCUUCGCGCUGUGCGGCAUGAAGGCUGCCGAAUUGCACGGAAACAUGUCCCAGGAGCAGCGUAUCAAUGCCAUCGAAUCUUUCCGGACUGGCAAGGCUUCGUACCUGCUCGCCACCGAUCUCGCCUCUCGUGGUCUCGACAUCAAGGGCAUAGAGACGGUCAUCAACUAUGAGGCACCCCAGUCACACGAAAUCUAUCUUCAUCGAGUAGGCCGUACGGCACGUGCUGGACGUUCCGGUCGCUCCUGCACUCUCGCGGCCGAGCCUGAUCGGAAAGUCGUCAAGGCGGCUGUCAAGUCGGGCAAGGCGCAGGGAGCGCAGAUUCGGCAGCGGACGAUUGAAGCUCCAGACGUAGAUGCCUGGCACACGCGUCUCGAAGCUAUGGCUGAGGAGGUCGAAGAUGUGCUGCGAGAAGAGAAAGAGGAGAGGGCGCUGCAGCAAGUGGACCGCGAUCUCACUCGCGCCGACAAUAUCGUCAAAUAUGAGGAUGAGAUCAAGGCCCGGCCGAAGAAGACGUGGUUUGAAAGUGAAAAGGACAAGCUAGCUGCCAAAGAGAAAGGCCGUACCCUGCUGAAUGGUCCCGGUGAGGAUGGGAAUGGAAGCAAGAAGGGGAAGAAGAAGCUCAGUAAUAAGGAAAAGAAGAAGUUGCAGGACCGGGAUGAUCGGAGGUCGGGGAUGGAGUGGAGGAAGAGCAAGUCUGCCACGUUAUCCGGCAAGGAGCACGGCGAGAAGAAGAAAGCCAAGUCCAAGUCGAAGAGCAAGGGCAAGGGCAAGGGCAAGGGAACCAAGUAG